AUGAAGACUGCCGUCAUUCUCUCGCUCGGCCUGGCCUCAAUGGCCUUGGCACAGCCUCGCGGCCACCGAGCCCACAUCCGCGCCCACAACAAGCGUGACCUCCAGACUGAGUACACCACUGAGUGGGAGACUGUUGUGGUCACCGAGUGGAUUGACGAGACCUCCACCGAGUGGGUCACUCCCACUUCCACUCUCUCGUUGACCGCAACGGUGACUUCGACAUCUUCGAGCUCGACCUCGUCUGUUGCCGCCACCUCGGAUGUCGCUCCGGGCAAGUUCUUUGAGAGCGCCGCGUCUUCUGCUGCUCCCACAACCUCCACCUCGGUGUAUGUUGCGCCCACACCGUCGACCACCUCGACUUCUUCCAUCGAGCCGGUCUACACUCCUCCCACCACCUCUUCAGCUCCUGUCGUUCCCACCACGGCUGCUCCCACCACCUCUUCAGCUCCUGUCGUUCCCACCACGGCUGCUCCCACCACCUCGAUCGAGCCGACCACCACUGAGCAGGUCUACACUCCUCCCACUACUUCUUCCACUCCCGUUGCUCCCACCACCACCUCUGUCAUUGUCGUGGACACGCCGGUUUACACGCCGGUUUACACGCCCACCACUUCUUCCGUUGCCGUUGUCGUACCUACCACGUUCAGCAGCGUUUAUGUCGCCCCGGCCACUACAUCGACCACUGCUGCUGCUGCCGCUGCUACCACGGCCAGCUCUGGCUCUAGCUCUGGCAAGACCACCUUUACCGGCGACAUGACCUACUACCAGAUUGGCCUCGGCUCGUGCGGCAUUGACGACACCGGUCUUGACAUGACUACCAACAUUGUCGCCAUCAACGUCGAACAGAUGGGCUCUCUGUCCAACGACAACCCCAACUGCGGCCGCACCAUCACCAUCAGCGCCAACGGCAACACCGCCACCGCCUUGGUCCACGACAAGUGCAUGGGCUGUGCCUACGGCGCCAUCGAUGUCAGCGAGACCGUGUUCGAUGCCAUCUUUGGCAGCACCGACCUUGGCCGCUCUGAGGUCACCUGGUGGUACAACAACUAA